UAUCCCUAACAGUGUGGCAUUGUUGGCAUCUGGAGGAGCCACCAUUGAAGUAGAGCACUUACAAGCCAACAAACACUACAACAGAUUGCAAUCAUGGCCCCUGGGAUGUCGCUUUUCUCGGUUCAGGCCAUCCUGAUCCUCAGCACUGAAGAUGGCUCUCGGAUAUUCGCAAAGUACUUCCAGCCACCUCAUUCAGCACCUAAUGCUCCCACAAGCUCGUCAGCCAACCCCUACUCCGAUGUGAAAUCGCAAAAGGCUUUUGAGAAGGGUCUUAUCGACAAGACUGCCAAGCAGAACGGCGAUAUCAUUCUUUACGAUAACCGAAUUGUGCUGUACAAGAUGGAGUCAGAUGUCAUGAUGUAUGUUGUUGGCAGUGUCGACGAGAACGAGAUUCUGCUCUACAACACCAUUCUCGCUCUACGGGACUCUCUCCACAUCCUCUUCAAGCAAUCCGUUGACAAGAGGACAAUUGUCGAGAACUACGACCUUGUUUCGCUAGCUAUUGAUGAGAUUGUCGACGAUGGCAUCAUUCUUGAGACUGAUCCCACUAUCAUCACCCAGCGCGUUAGUCGAGCACCCACUCAAGACAUGCCCGUUGGCCGCAUCGACCUUAGCGAACAGGGUGUCAACAACUUGGCGCAGCUAGGAAAGUCGAAACUGGCGGACUGGCUCCGUCAGGGUCUGUAGAGAUGGGAACAGGUUUAUGUGUGGAGAGUCGGGAGUUUUGCCGUUAUUCAGCGCCGCAUGCAAAACCAAAAUCAAAAGAGGAAGACGCCGCGCCAGUGGUCUGGUCUGGUCUGGUCUGGUCUGGCUGACACAGGGUCAAGAAACAGAGGGUUUUUUUAUACAGGUGUGCUGGUGUUCUAAUUGAUAUGAUCAUUCAUGCUCUAGUCUCUGAAGCCGCUUUACGGAGCCGGUUCAUGACCGCCGCUGCGAUAUCGCUUCUAUCUUCUAUACCAUCAACAAAAAUGGUGUCUGCGCCUCGUCGAUCAAACUCCCGGAGCGCUGCAAAAAGACCUCUCGCAAUUCCUUCAGUGCCUCUGCCCAGAUCGAUAUCCAAGAUCUUUCCUAUUGGCUGCUCCUUUUCAUCCAACAGAUCGCCCUCGUAUACUUGGAAUGGCGAGUCAUCCUCAUCGGGUCCUUGUACGUCGGUGAGAUGCUGAAAGCUGGCGCAUCGCAGACCAGCCCCUGACUUCCAUCGCUGGGUGCGAAUAACCCCAAUAACCCUGCCCUUCCGCUCGCCGUUGCUAGCAUGGCCAUUGACUGUCCCAUUGGCCGCCUUCAAGUCGAGAGAAGCUAUUCCAUUGCCCCCUUCUCCGAAACUCGACUCAUAAAGCACUACUGUAGCCUUUGGACUGUAGUGCUUGUACUUCAUCCCUGGAGCCCGAGGUGCAGCUUUUCCCUCUUCGCUCUUGUCUUGAUAAGCUAUUGAUACAUUCUCCCAACCGGGGCAGCUUCGUAGCUCAUCUAUUCCGAUACCUCCUGGGCGAAGGACGACGGGGGGGUCACAUAGUCCAUCCACAACAGUGCUCUCCACACCUACUUGACAGUGUCCACCGUCCAAAAUGAGCUCGAUCUUUCCGUUGAGGUCGUCCAUCACAUGUUGUGCCGCUGUGGGUGAAGGUUUGGUGGAAGCGUUGGCUGAUGGUGCUGCCAGGGGUACACCAGCUAGCUUGAUAAGAGACAAGGCGAGGGUUGAAGAUGGCAUUCGCACGCCAAAGGUCUUGAGACCUGCAGUCACCUCAGGCGCUAGUUUCGACGGUACCGGGUUAGGUAGAAGAAUAGUCAGAGGUCCAGGCCAGAAACGCUCUAUCAAAGCCCUGUAUCGUUGGGGUAUAGGAUCAGUUUCAUCAGUGUGGCCGAUAUACUGUCGCAGCAUUUCCAGGUCGCAAACAUGUGAAAUGAGAGGGUUAUCUGAAGGUCGUCCCUUUGCCGAAUAGAUUCCUUUAACUGAGGGAGUCCGAGUAGCAUCUGCACCAAGGCCAUAUACAGUCUCUGUCGGGAAUGCGACAGGCGUGUCCUUGGUCCGUAGCAGGUGAGCAGCAUCUUGCAGAGCCUCAAGAGCGAGUUUAUUUUCGCAUUGAACUUCCCAGUGAUUCAAUUUUGCGAGACCAUCGCCAGGUCGAAACUGGCCUAGAGAGCCCUUGCUCGGGACUUUCACUAUCCUUGUCUCCAUUGCGGGCGCAGCCUGAGAGCCAAAGGUUUGUGAUGUAAGUGGUGUUCUCAAUAUCGGGGAGGGGUAGGUGGUUUUUUGUAAAUCUCGCUUUGGAAAAUAGAAGAGGGUGUUUUCCGAAAGUGUAAGCGUUAGCAAAUAUCUUCGGAAACUAUGAUAUUGAGGUCUGUGGCUCGGGGUUCGUGAUAGUUGGGCGAUAGAAAAUUUCAUCACACUGGGCCUCAUGCUCACUCAUCAUGGCGAGCUAAAAUGGAGCCUCUGGCUGGACUUUGAUGGUUGAGAGUGACUCAGAGCUGAAGGCAAUGCCCAAUCGAAAACUGCUGGACUUAGGUACCAAGUUCGGCUUUGGGAGUGCCUGAGGUCUGGUGCCACUAACGUCUAUUCA